GCCGCUCCGCUCAGUCAGUGUUCCCGCGCUGCCCCGUCUGGUCGCACCGCUCUCCUCGCUCGCGCCCGAGCCCCUUAGCCCUCCCGCAGCUGUCAGCCGGCACGCCUGUAGGCUCGCCGCCCGCCCCCGCGCACGCUCCCCCACGUGACAAGACACACACACACGCGCGUGUGUGUCGCUUUACUGUUUGUUUUUAAAACCGUUUUCAUCCACACCGACGCGUGCGCCAUGCCGGCCGACCAGGAGCUGAGCAGCGUGCUGCAGCGCAGGCAGUCCAUCAACGACGCGCUGGAGGAGGGCAAGGAGGUCAAGCCCAAGCUCAAAGUGAACGUGUUCGCCGAGUUCUCUCGCCAGGAGCUGAAACAGUUCGAGCAGACUUUCAAAACGUUUGACCUCGGCGGCGACGGCUUCCUGGACCUGCUCGAGAUGAAGCUGAUGAUGGAGCGUCUCGGCGCGCCGCAGACUCACCUGGGCCUCAAGAAGAUGAUCCAGGAGGUGGACGAGGACCAGGACGGCAAGAUCUCGUUCAAGGAGUUUCUCAUGAUCUACCGGAAGGCGCGCGCCGGCGAGCUGAACGAGGAGUCCCUCAAGCGGCUUGCCGUCCUCACCGAGAUCAACGUGGAGGAGGUCGGCGUAUACGGCGCCAAGAACUUCUUCGAGGCUAAGAUCGAGCAGCUGCGUCGCGGGUCGUUAUUCGAGGAUGAAAUUCGACGCGAGAAAGAGAGGAAGCAGAGGGAAGAGGAGGAGCGGGAGCGACGUAGACUAGAGUUUAAGGAGAAGGCGGCCAUGUUCCAGAACGGAGGUCCCCGCAUGGUUGCGGUAAACAACAACAAUAACUGAACCCACCCGUCCUACUGACGCCUCAGAUCAAUUUUCUAAAAAAAAUUGUUUACAUAUGAGAAAGAAAGCUAGUCACAUUUUAUUUGCCAUUCGAAAUUGAAAUGGUAGUUGUUAAAGUUCGUCUGCGUCUUUGGAAACUCUUACUGCAGUGGGAGUUUGUUCAUAUUCUUCUGAUUUUUAAAAGGUUAUUUUUACUGGCAUCUAUCCAUGCCAAAUAAAACAGCGUGCAAUGAAAUUCAUGCUGAUAAAAAUCCAGUAUAUUAAUUCUAGGACAUGUUGAUCAAUUUUAAUGUUUAGAUUUGUUUGUAAAAAGAAAAGGUAACUCUCUUACUAAUGACAAAGGCUUAAAAAGCCCUAUAAAGACGUUGCACAAAAUGUGGUACUGGACUAAAUGUGAACCAGUGGAUAUAGAUAAAGAUUUUAUGUACUACCACUACCAUCCCAAUCAUUCUCAUAACUGCAGUUGAUCAUAUUUUUAAUUUGUUGUAGUGGAUAUAGAUGAAGAUUUUAUGUACUACCACUACUAUCCCAUUCAUUCUCAUAACUGCUGUUGGUCAUAUUUUAUUUGUAGUACUAGUAGUAGCGUAAUAUGCUAUGCUAUGCUGCACAGCCUUGAUUUUAUAAUAGAUUCCUGAACCAUUACUCAACUGGACAAUAGUGAUCAAUGUCAUGAUAUUAAUUUUAAGAGUGGAAGGACCUUAAGUCAUAUUUGUUGUGGUAUUUAUAUGAAUUGUAAAUAAAUAUGUAUGUGUUGUAAAUAAAUUUUAUCAGUGGAAA